UUCCAUCUUCUUUAAUCGCCACUUCAGUUUCAACAUUCUUCGAAGCAUCGUGCUGCCACUCUCUUAAAAUAUUACUCAUCUAUCUGCGCAUCGUGUUUCGUUCAUUUUAGUUCGCUACUUCUAAACGUGGUUUUACACUUCCGUUCGUCACUAAGGAGAGAGAAAAUGACAGAUGCUGUAAACUCACCAGGGGGAGGUUUUUUCAAACCAGUUGAGUUCUCAAUUACAAGUAAACUAGAUGUGAGAAGUUCCAGUUUCCAUCCAAUCGAUCCUGUUCUGGCGUGCGGCUUAGUUCAAGGAGGAUUAGUUUUCCUUCGCGGAACUAAUCACACCACACCGUUUGAGAAUUGGGAGCUUGAACCCGUUUAUAACCGAUACGAAAGGACAAUUUUAUCCGUCCAAUGGAACGUCAAUGGAACUAAAGUAGCUGCUGGCUCCGAUAAUGGGAGUGUCAUUAUUGUGUCUUAUCCAGGCUGUGGCAAACAAACAUUCCGAAGAAAUGGACGAUCGAAUUUUCCGUUAAUUUUUUGGCAUCCAUUUAACCAAGAUGUGUUGGCUAGUUAUAACAGUGCGUUGGACACCAAAGAGGUGAUGAUAGCCAAUUCAGCAGCUGAAAACCUCCUCACCCACACCAUCAAAUCAAAAUGGAACUGUCAGACCCUGGCCUGGAACUCGCACAAUCAACUCGCCUUUGGUUACGACGAUGGAACGUUUGAAAUUCACGAAAUAGAAUUGAAUAAUAGUCAAAUGAAAAGCCGAAUGGUCCAGAAAAUCCGUCACGAUCUGGGUGAUCAUGACAAAGCUGUUCACCAUUUUUCGCUUAUGAAUUCCAGGGACAAUUUUUCGCUUAUGAACUACCAGGGCCAAACACGAACUUUCGUAUCGAGUAUCGCCAUUAACAAAGAAUUUGAACUUUUGGCUUCAGGUGGAACAGACUUUCGAGUCAAGAUUUGGUCAUUGGGCAGUAAAGAUCCUAUUCUUGUGUUGGAUGUCGAUUCCAAUUGCAGAAAUUUGGUAUGGAAUUCUGGCAUCAAAGAAGAGAUGACGACAAAAACUUUUAUUGCAUGCGGAUUAGAAAGUGGAAACGUUGUAAUUUGGUAUCCAUUUGAUCAUGAAAUUCAGACACGAAAACUUAAAGGACAUGAUCAGAUCCAUCAAUUAAUACUUUCACCUGACGGACGCUAUCUCGCAACAACAGACUAUUACAAGAAAGUGAUUAUCUGGUCUACAAAGAGUUGGAAGAGCAUAUACAUUAUACCCUCAUCAGAGUUCAUGUAUCCAUACAUGAUGACAUGGGACGCGGCCAGUUGUAAGCUAGCAAUUUCAGAGAGAACAGGACAGAGACAGUUUAAAGUGAUUGAAUACUUCGUUGCCGAAAACUGCUGUGCUGGCUGCAAGAAAAUGACUCAAAAUCUAAAGCGUUGCGCUCGCUGCAAUUCAAUCUUCUAUUGUAGCAAGGAAUGUCAGCGUUCACACUGGCCCCAACACAAACUUGUUUGCAAUAAAAAUGAAUAAGUUUUGAUCGAAUUUUCCAAGGCAAAAGAUUGAAUGUAAUCAACAAAUUCUUCUCUUAGCAGUCCCCCUUUAUGGCAUGUAUCUGAAUUAGGAAUCCGAAAAAUAAUCCCCCAACUUCUUUCUCAUUUAUUUUUUGUUUUCUGUUCAAUCAAUAGAGCAUCAGCAAUCAAGGAAACAACAAUUGUUAAUGCUCUCGUGCAGUGUUGCUCAUAUAUCUUGGAAUAUGAAAGGUUAAGUUUGACAUUGGUGAAAUUUUGUUAAUUCUAAAUACAAAAGUUAUUACGUCA